AUGUCCCAAGCCCAAGUCCCAUCUGAAGUACAAAGUGAUGUACAAGCCCAAGCUGCUCCAGCGCCAGCUCCAGCACCGGCACCAGCUCCACAAUCUGCUGAUCAAUCGAACAACGGUCCUCCUCAGUCUGCUUCAUUAUACGUCGGCGAAUUAGAUCCAACCGUCACUGAGGCAAUGCUCUUCGAAAUCUUCAACAUGAUUGGUCCAGUUGCCAGCAUCCGUGUUUGCAGAGACGCUGUUACUAGACGCUCCCUCGGUUACGCUUACGUCAACUACCUCAACCUCCAAGACGGAGAGCGCGCACUUGAACAGCUCAACUACUCUCUUAUCAAGAACAGAGCUUGUCGCAUCAUGUGGUCUCAACGUGAUCCUGCCCUUCGUAAAACUGGCCAAGGCAACAUCUUCAUUAAAAACCUUGAUGAGGCUAUUGACAACAAGGCUCUUCAUGACACUUUCGCCGCCUUUGGUAACGUUCUCUCUUGCAAGGUUGCUACCGAUGAGAAUGGCAACUCUCGUGGUUACGGUUUUGUUCACUACGAGAACGGUGAAUCUGCGUCUGCUGCUAUUCAACACGUCAACGGUAUGCUUCUUAAUGACAAGAAGGUCUACGUUGGUCACCACGUCUCAAAGAAGGAACGUCAACAAAAGAUUGAUGAACAAAAGUCUCAAUUCACCAACGUCUUUAUUAAAAACCUUGAUGUCUCUGUUGAUGAUGAAAAGUUCAAGCAAAUCACUGAACCAUUCGGUGAAAUUCUUUCAGCAGUAGUUCAAAAGGAUGAGCAAGGUAACUCACGUGGUUUCGGUUUCGUAAACUACAAGAACCACGAAGAGGCUGCAAAGGCUGUCGAUUCGCUCAACCAAGUUGAAGUUGAAGGAAAGAGAAUCUUUGCUGCUCGUGCUCAAAAGAAGACUGAACGUGAAGAAGAACUUCGUAGAAACUACGAACAAGCCAAGUUAGAAAAGAUGGCUAAAUACGCAGGAGUAAACUUAUACGUUAAGAACUUGGAUGAUGACUUUGAUGAUGAAAGAUUAGUUGGAGAAUUUGAACCAUUUGGUACUAUCACAUCCGCAAAGAUAAUGAAGGAUGAAAAGGGUGCAUCAAAGGGAUUCGGAUUUGUUUGUUUCUCUUCACCAGAUGAAGCAACUAAAGCAGUUUCAGAAUUAUCAGGCAAGAUGAUUGGAUCUAAACCACUUUACGUUUCAUUAGCACAACGUAGAGAUGUUAGACGCCAACAAUUGGAGUCACAAAUUGCUCAACGUAAUCAAUUAAGAUUACAACACCAAGCUGCUGCAGGAGUACCAAUCUCAGGAUUCAUGCCAGGUGCACCAAUGUACUACCAACCACCACCAGGAGCUUACCCAGGAGGUAGAUCAAUGUAUGGUCAACCAGGAUUCGCUCCACCAAGACCAAGAGGUUAUCCAGCAGGACAACAAGUUCCAGGUAUGCCAAUUCCAUCACCAUAUGGACCACCACCACAAGGUUACAUGCCAACGAAUUACAGACCAGCAAGACCAGCACGUACGAACGGAGCACAAGUCCAAGGUGGAUCACCAGCACCAAACGUUAGACCAGCAGUGCCAGCUGGUGGACCAGGACCAGGACCAAGACCAGCAGGUGUACCAGUCAGACCAGCACAAGGUGGUAAACCAGCUAAGCAAGAAGGUGGAGGACAAAUUUCUGCAUCAGUAUUGGCGAAUGCACCACCUGCAGAGCAAAAGCAAAUGCUUGGUGAAGCGCUCUACCCAAAGAUCUUCAACGUGCAACCAGAGUUGGCUGGUAAGAUAACAGGAAUGUUAUUAGAAAUGGAGAACUCUGAGUUACUCUUCUUAUUGGAGAAUGAAGACGCAAUGAAGAGCAAGGUUGAUGAAGCGAUUGCAGUACUUAACGAGUACCAAGAUGAAGACGCAGCAGAAGGUGCCGGUACCGGUGCUGGUGCUGAGCCAACGUCAACUGCUUAA